ACACACCUUUAUUGAAAUGCGAUGCAGUGUGUAAGACAGCUUUUUGCUACCAGUGUUGCCACAUGGAAAAUCGAUAUGUGAAAACAAAUUACAUAUGUACAUUUUAGACAAUCAGAAACCUUUUCUUUUGAGCAAUCCAAAUUAUUUGUUACAUUUACUGACCAAUGAGUGCCACGAACAAAAAGACCGGGGAAGCAAGCUUGGCAGCACAGCAAUUUAGGCAGAAACAUCAAUAUAUAAGCCUGAUGAUGAUAUUAGGAAGAUGCGACGAUUUGCCAAGGAAGACCAAAAGCGAUUACUCCCUUACCCGCAUCAAUUUCAAGUCCACUAACGUCUUGGAUGCUUCCACAGUCGAUUUGGUGGCCAUCGAGUCGGCUACGUUCCGCCUACCUGCCGGAGCAAUUUGCAGCUGUCGUUCCGCUGGCUCCAAGUAUCAACCGACUGCCAUCGACUCGGAAUCAAACCAAACCACUAAGGACAUGGGAACCCAAGCCGGCUUCCAAACGGAUUCCGAUGAGGAUUGCAAUUUCGAACGUGAUGCAUCCACCCAAUCGAUGCUUAAUAUGCAAGACGCAGAGACACAAUCGAUUCCAAAAUUAUCUAAAAACAUAAACAGCAUACAAACGCAAACGGAAUAUGAAGAACCAAGCACUUGUAGAGUUACAUCGGAAACUAAAAAGUCUAAAACUAAGCAUAAAGAUGAAAAAGCUACAAAAUCGAAUUCUUCGAUGCGAAAAUGCUUUUUCAAGCGCCCACUAAUCGUAGUAAAAGGAGGCGCUCUCGUAUCUACCGAUUUUACAGCAAAUGUCCAUCAAACUAGAAAUGAGAAAGUAUUAGUCACUAUUCGGAAAGAAGAUAAACAGACCCAAUAUGAAAACCCUUCAGGGUCACAAUCGAAUAGUUCGAGCGAUAAGCCUUCAGGUCCCUCAACCUGUUCCAAAAUCCUCGAUAGAGUACAGAAUCUGGAAACAAUUAUGAAGAGACAGGAGCGUUCUCUAAGGGAUUUGCAAGGAUCUGUUAAAUUAUGGAAGGCACAGGAAUGCAAGCUCUCUGAUUGCAGAAGCAUAUUUCAAGUUCAUCCGGAGGAACGCGAAUUGCCAAGAAAACCUGAAACUUUUGACCAGGCUUCCCAGAAAAAUGAUAUAGUUCGUUGCGAGAAACGCGAAAUGCCAAACAAAUCUGAAACAUGUGAUCGGGGUGCACAAAAUAAAGAUAUAGCUCAUUGCGAGUGCACAUCCCAAUUCGAAGAAUUUCUUAAAAUAUUUAUGAAGCCUGAAGCUGCGCAAGAAACACCGAAACCAAAUAAGUCUCAACGCGAAAGUAAUGGAAAUUCUACAAAAAAUAAUCAUAAGUGUUGCAAGGAGAACGGAAAUGAAAUAUAUCAGAAUGAUAAUCAAAUCUCAACUGCUACACAGUGCUUAAAAGAUACAGAAAACUUUCUGCAACAAUUUGAUCGGGCUUUUGCUAAAACUAAAAGUGAAGAAACAAUUGGCGACAAGUCCAAAAAUGUUCCAAAAACAAACCACAUCGAAAUACCAACAUCCGCUUGCUGUGCAGAUCCUACGAAACAAAAUCUUAUGGAACAAAGGGUAGAAAACCUACUUGAUGAUUUUGUUGAAUUAGUUAAUAAACCCAAAGCAGAUUCCAUAAGUGUAAGAAAAGUUUCUUCCACAUCUUGCUUGGAAGCAAAGAUUUCCAGUCAAUCAAAUCAAACUGUAGAGAAUGAAGUAUACAAAUCCUUGAUUGAGCAGCUUAUUAGUCUUUUCACAAAAUCCAAGUCGUGUGAAAAUAACCAGGCGCAGAAGACAGAAUCUGAAACCUUCUCAUUCGAUCGUUUACUGGCGGAAUUAAUAAAAAUGUUUACGAGAUCCAACAGCCUGGAGGAGGACAGGUCCAAAAAAGUUACCAUCUCAGAGAAGGAAACUAUUUUGGGCGCCAGCUGCAAUUGCUCGAAAGCUCAUCGCAAUGUUAAAUCCACUGCAAUGCAAUCGGACCUUAAGAUGUCGGAUAUGGACUUGGAUUUUAACGGGCAUAGGGGAUCCUGUCAACUAGAAAGAAAAUCUACACUAAGUGAAAUUUUAAGGAACGCCCAGAGAAAGGAUCAGUCGCCACGUGGAUGCCAAUUUUGUGGCGAUGGCAGUCUGCCCAUUCUGGACUCCUUGUUAGACGACCUAUUUCGGCUGAUUGGACCGAGGGCCUUCGAUGACGUGGUACUCACCAUACUGCGUCAGGAGGAAAAUGUCUACCACAUCAAGGUGUGUGAGAUGGCUACCGGAAACCAUCUGGGCUGUAUUCUGGGGAAUGGAAGGUCCAUCAACCAAGCGAUCGCCCUUGGAUUAUUCGAGGACAUUCACACGUUCUGUGAGCUGGACAGGACCAGGGAGCACUACCCCAGGGUCUGUUCACUGGGCACCAGUCUGGACGCCCUUUGUCCACGGGAGCACGGCGGUGAGAUUGUACCAGAUGGAAGUGUCGACAAGGAAAGAGUCGUAGAAUUUUGCACUCGUGUGCUGGGUCUCCCGGCUGGUCAAGCGUGCCGCUUCUUCUCCCUGACCAACGCCCUGAAAUUGGCCAAGAAGUCAUCAUUCGAUUGCUCUAGUGUGCUUCCUCAUGGCACAAAUCGAGGACUAACUCGCCUAGGAGCAGUCACUGGUAGCUUGGCUUACACGCCAAGUGAUGUCAGUAAUAACAUUUUUUCUACAAAGGACUCGAGUGAUGUGAUCAAGACAUCCAGCUUAUUCCUACGCAUCAUUUCUGGGCACGAUAAUGAAGUUCAAGAAGAUGAGGAUGCAUCAUACAUUCUUGAUAACUAAUAUUCAUUUUAGCUUGUGAAAACAGUGACCAUUUCUUUCUCUUUACAUUUCCCGUAGGGCUUUGAGACAAAAUUUGU